AUGGUUCAUCGUGUAUGGAAGGUGGCGAAGUCUGUACUGAAGACAGCUUCGAGAGCACUUAUGUUUCGAAGGAAGAGCAAGCAACUGGAAGUUUGCAAACCUGCUGGCGACCCAGCCAAAAAGAAGCAAAAGAAAAAGAUCAAAGAAGAGAUGAACUUGAUGAAACCAGAGUUUAGAGCCAAUGAUCCUCCGUAUUGCAAAGAUGAAGUGGCGGUAGACGCUGCCAAACGUCUCAAGAAAGAAGCUGGAUACUCUGGAGAUACGAGGACGAAGGGGAAGGACAUAAAGCACUGGGUAGAUUCCGAAUUUAAGCACGUCAUCCCGGAAUACCGAUGGGCAAAAGAUAAUUUAAAAGGUUUGCUGUGA